GACGUGGUGGUGACGGGGGUGGUGGAUCAGUGCGUCUUCUUCGGCAAAGACAGCGCCAAGAAGGUGAAGGAGGAGACGGUGCGCUUGGCGGCGCCGCAGGAGGACCCGCCGCCUCCGGGACAGCUCUUCCUCCUGCCCGGUGCUGAGGACACGAACCAAACGGGGCCGGGGGUGGAGGCGCAGGAGGAAGCCCCUCCCGCCGCCGCCGACCCGUCGCUGUGCCGUCUGUACCGCCACGUGUCGCACGAUUUCUUGGAGAUCCGCUUCAAGAUCCAGCGGCUGCUGGAGCCGCGGCAGUACAUGCUGCUGCUGCCGGAGCACGUGAUGGUGAAGAUUUUCAGCUACCUGCCCACCCAGACCCUGGCCGCCCUCAAAUGUUCCUGCCACUACUUCAAAUCCAUCAUCGAGACGUUUGGGGUGCAAGCCACCGACUCGCGCUGGAAUCGCGACCCGCUGUAUCGCGACGAUCCCUGCAAGCAGUGCAAGAAGCACUACGAGAAGGGGGACGUGUCGUUGUGCCGAUGGCACCCCAAGCCCUACCACCACGACCUGCCUUACGGCCGCUCCUAUUGGAUGUGCUGCCGCCGGCCCGACAAGGAAGCGCCCGGCUGCCGCGUGGGGCUGCACGACAACAACUGGGUGCAUCCGGCGGCACGUCGCGAUGACGGCAGGUGAAGGAAUGUGGGGACACGGCGCCGGA